AUGUCUUCCUGGUCAUUACUCCUCUGUUUCGUUCUUCUGUCGACAAGUGGAAUUCAAGUUGGCGCAGACAUGCCGGCACCUCAGUGGCAAUCCCACUAUAGAUCUUUCACGUAUACUCAGGGGUAUGCGACGGUUCAAUGUUCAUGCUUGAGAAGUCUAUCCGAUGCGGAGCUUCGUCGACAACUUCCACCACCUGCAUCAAAGUGUCCCCGAUGCCACUAUGUGGGAUGA